AGGGAAGUGGGCAGCGCCUGUCUCCUUGGGAUGGAGCAGAGAGGGAUGCCAAGGCAGAGGCAGGAGUAGCUGGACUCAGAGGAGGAGGAGGAGGAGGAGACCCUCUCCCCAAAAGCCCAGCCUUUCCAACGCCCACCCCCCCUUUUUUCUACACCAGUAUAAGACUCCGAUCCAACCAUGGGGAAGCAGAACAGCAAGCUGCGCCCGGAGAUGCUGCAGGACCUCCGGGAGAACACCGAGUUCUCGGACUUGGAGCUGCAGGAGUGGUAUAAGGGCUUCCUGAAGGACUGUCCCACCGGGAUCCUCAACGUGGAGGAGUUCAAGAAGAUCUACGCCAACUUCUUCCCGUACGGUGACGCCUCCAAGUUCGCCGAGCAUGUCUUCCGCACCUUCGACACCAACGGCGACGGCACCAUCGACUUCCGAGAGUUCAUCAUCGCCUUGAGCGUCACCUCGAGGGGGAAGCUGGAGCAGAAGCUCAUGUGGGCCUUCAGCAUGUACGACCUGGAUGGGAACGGGUACAUCAGCCGGGAGGAGAUGCUGGAGAUCGUGCAGGCCAUCUACAAAAUGGUCUCGUCGGUGAUGAAGAUGCCGGAGGACGAGUCGACCCCGGAGAAGCGGACGGAGAAAAUCUUCCGACAGAUGGAUACCAACAACGAUGGCAAACUGUCCCUGGAGGAGUUCAUCAAAGGCGCCAAGAGCGACCCCUCCAUCGUGCGGUUGCUCCAGUGCGACCCCAGCAGCGCCUCCCAGUUCUGAGACCUCCUCCGUCCCCUUUCCGCCUGCGCGACCGACUGGUCCAAGGAGCCAGCCUCCCAGAGAAGCGGGGGAUAAGUCAAAGCACCCCCAAAACAAACCACCGCGGCAUGACAACCACCAUCCACCUCACGCGGCUCACAGGGAGGCGACCGGCUUCCCGUGCCCCCGUUGCGGAGAAACCGGACAUGUCCCCCCACUACUGCCGAGUCAAGGCACUGCCAGGGAGCCCCUUCCGUUACCCCCAAAUCCCUCCAUCCCAAACACGGUAGUUUUGUGUGAAUGCUGACCCCGCUGGGGAGGCCGAGGGGUUCCUUUUCCAGGGGACGUUGGGGUCUCCGUCUCACCCGCCAACCUCCUUGGGGUUCGGUUGCAUGUUGCUUGUGUGUCCGUACGUGUGUCCAGCACACUUCGACGACCGUGGCGGCUGCAUGCAUGCUCUGUCUGUCUCCGGUUUGUUCCAAAAUCGAGGGAGGAUUCGGGUCCAAAACAGCCCUCGAAGCCACGUCAAAGGGGUGCCAAUGUAGAAGCAAUGGGGUGAGUGAGUGCGUGUGUAUGCGUGUGUGUAUGAUGGAGAAGGUCUUGGCCCCUCUCCUUUGGCUAGUGGAGAUAUAUAUCUAUAUCUCUAUAUAUAUAUUCUGUAAAGUUAAGCACAACAUGUACAAGUUUGCAUUGUUUAUAGAGUCCAACUUCCUUCAUAGUUAUGGUUUGGCCCAGCAAAACGGACACUGUUCUGUUCUCUUUGCACAGGAUGGACUAUGUGGCCUUUAGAGGCCCCAAAGAAGAGAGGGUAAUUUGAAAACGAAUUUGAGAGCUACAAAAUGCGGGAGGUGGCUUUGUGGAUUGGAAAUGGGCUUCUUAUUUUGGACAAAACCCAUUCCUUAUACUAACAGUCCCAAUUUCGCCAGAAUUAUCCCAGUUCAUGCUCUGCCAUCUAACUUUUUUGGUUGCUUUUAAAAUGUCCCUUUUUCUCUCUCUUUACCAUUUCCUUUUGUCCUCACUUACUUUAAUGGUUGCAAACUGCUGGGAUUACAAUGGAAGGUGCUUCCAAAUAACCAUGAACAAAAUAAUCCUGUUUGAUAAUGAAUGGAGCAGAAUUGUAGUUCAAAGGAGCAAAAUAAAGGCAUUAAGACAUAAGAACCCUGCCAAUGAAAUUCCCCUUCAUCCCCUAAAUUUCUAGCAUUGCAGUGGUAGAGACCCUGAAAGUUGUUCAAACCGAGAACCCAUUUGCUGUGUUUACACUCUUUGCUUUGGAUCAUUGCUUCGACCCAAGUGAUAUUCCUAUGUGAACAAUAUCAUGGUGUGAGCAUUAGUAUUCAGAGUUCGAAUCCCUAUUCAGCUGUGGGUGAGUCACACUCUCUCAGCCUCAGAGGGAGGCAAAACGAUGACAAUAUUCCCCUGAAUAAAUCUUGAAAUUCA